CGCAUUCCGGACGGCUCUCGUGCUGCCACCCCUUUGUAUUCACAGGAGCAGGCACGGGAAGUCUAAUGUCGAUUCUGCGUGCCUGAGUCACAUUGCCGGCCGAGUGGUAACGCAAUAUCUGGGGGGGAAUCCGAACAGCCACCACCCGGGCGCCACAGAAUUUUGCAGUCUGUCUGAGCUAUGUGGACGAAUUGUCUGAUGGGUUCUGCGGCGGACUUGUUUGAGACAAAAUGCUCAAACAGAACAAGGGUAUGGCCCGAUAGAACUAUCUUAUAUCACUGCCAUCUGGCCAUUGCUGAGAUGGAAGCGUCUUCCUCCGUCAUGUGCGUUCUCGGAGACGCCACAACGGCGUGCCAUUGAUCUCGGAACUGAUCUCGACGACACCACUCCCGCCAACGGACUGCUCCAAAUAGCAGCUACGACGAUGAACCCACUCCCCCGAGAUGAUUCACCCCCGCCGAACGAGGACGCCGGUCCAGUCUCCUUCUCUCUCGCCCUCGUCCUGACAAUCUUCCUCGUCAUCACAACAAGCCUCCGACUAUGGGUCCGAGCAGCGAACCGAAAGCUCGGCUGGGACGACUUGACCAUCGCUCUCGCAGGAGCAACGGCAAUUAUACGAUUUGCCUUUGUCGUCUUGCAAUGGAAGCACGGAAACGGAAGACAUCGAGUCUAUCUCAGCGACCACGACUACAUGAUGAUCAACAUGUACGGCUGGUGGGGCCAGAUGCUGCUCUUUAUCUCCGUGGCGUUUUUGAAGGUCUCCAUCUGCCUUCUGAUCCUUCGUAUCAAAGAUACCAAGACGCUGAAGCGCCUGCUGUACGCCAUUAUGGCUGGUGUGCUCAUUACGAAUUUCGGGGUCGUGAUCAUUCUCAUAGCCGAGUGUCAGCCCAUUGGCUUCUGGAGGGGCAAGUCAGCUGUGUGCUGGCCAACUCACAUUCGGAUUUACUUCAUCUACGCGACGAUUGCAUACUCGGUCUUGACGGACCUCAUAUGCUCUCUACUUCCCCUUGUGGUAAUUUGGAAUGUCAAGAUCCCUCGGCGGACAAAGACAUCAGUCUCUUGUUUGAUGGGACUCGGCCUUGCAACGACCGGGUUCGGCGUCGCUAGAGCGGCGUCACUGGGAGAUUCCACCUCCGACCUGAGCUGGGCAUACUGCAUCGCCGCAAUCUGGUCGAACCUCGAACUCUUCCUGGGUAUUAUCGCCGCAAACCUCGCUCUCUCAAGGUCCAUCUACGUCCACUUCUUCAGCAAUGGCAAAGCGCAACAGACUCUUCCGGGGUCGACGGGAAGAUCUAACCCCUUGGAGUCGGGAUAUCUCAAUAGCAAACUCCGAGGGGACCGCUUCGAAGUGCCUUCGACGAUGAUUGGGUCACCUCGUCGGAGAGGUUCGGAGACGAGGAGCUCGGAUAGUGACAUUCCACUAGAGCCAGGUAUUCAAAAGAAGACUGAGUUUUGGUGGUCGGAGGAUGAUGAAGGUCAGCCGCGUGGGUCGAUCUCCGUGAGUCGAUAUUAAUGGGAGUAGUACUUUUGUAGUUAGCACGUGUGUGUAAUUAAUCAGGUGUUGUUCAGUUGACGUCUCCACGAGGAUCCCUGAUUUCAGCCAUUGCCGAGUGAAACUACUAUCAUGAAAUUAUACCGCCCGUCCUCUCGACGAUGAAGCACGACACGAUCGGAAGGUAAUUUUCAGGGCGCGUCGUCUUAAGCCAACUAAGCUUUAAGGGAGUAAAACGUGGUUUUCUCGAACUCCGUGACAUCCCACUCCGUAAGACUCUACACUAGCCUUGGGGGAUUAAGAAACCAGAUGGUUAUAACGGAACUAGGGCACCAGUGGGAACUAGGGAUGGAUAGAACACAUAGUAGCUC